CCAUCACACCACCAAUCACAAAACAAAACUUCAAAAUAACUGAUUUUUCCCUCCCAAAAAGGAAAAACAUCAUUAUAUUUUGGACAAGAAAAUAAUAGUGUAAUCAGUUCAGCUCUCUUUGUCCAAUUCACCUUCAAAUGAAACAUCUCAACUAACAAAAGCCAUUGUUUUCUAUUUGUUAGAUUAAAUAACAAAUAUCAUCAUAGACUCCUUAAAAACAUACCAAUGAAAGGUCCCGAAAGAAGAAAUCAUUAGCCAACACAAAAUGAAUAGCCAACUCCUGCAUCCAGAAUAUUCAGCAUUCCAACUUGAACGGGCCACGGAAGAUGUCCGCGUAACAUUCUUCAAAUGUGUCAGAUGGCAGCUAGAAGAAACAUUGGACGCAAUUGACUGCCCUUAUCACUAUUUCUGUGAUAGCACUUAUCCUGGCAAUUAUCCACCUGCUGUGGACAUUCUGGUAUUUCUGUUUACUGCAGCUUCAUACUUGACAACCCUCAUCUUUAUGGUGACAGAUAUAUCAAGAAGAGGGCAAACCUGCCUUAAUCGUUCAAAGAGGUACUUAUUACCAUCUGGUCCAAUUUCUCUCCCAGUAAUCCUCUUGACACUGGCAAAAGGCCACCGAAUCAACACUAUAUUUCCUCUCUCGAGCAUUGGUCCUGCAAUCCUCCUACUGGUUCAUGUUUCUGCCCUGACCUUUGAUCACGAGGCUAAUAGAGACAUCAAAUAUGCUUUUUUUGAGGCAUCAACAAUUUCUGGAAUUUUACAUGCAAGCCUGUAUCUGGAUGCUAUUAUCUUACCUUAUUAUACAGGUUUUGAUGCUCUAGUGUUGUCAAACUUUUCAGGUGAGUGUGCAUCUUGCGUAUGCAGGAAAGAGGUUUUGAUUGUGGGAGGGAUCUUAGUGUCAUACAAGGGGUGGUCAAUAACCACAUUUUCAGUUGUGGGUGCUCUCUGCUUAAGGAUUAUCUGCAGAUUGUCUGGAGAGAAAACAGGAGCUACCGCACUAAUUAGGCCAUGGCUGGAAAGCGUAGCUUGGAUCUUGAUAUCAAUGGACUGUGUUUAUCUAGCAACAAACUCCCCACCAGGAAGUACAAUGUUGAGAGUUGCUGCUUUUGGAGGUGUAUUUGUUUUGAUUUGUCUUCAUGUACUCAAAAGUGCAUGCACUCUGAUAACAAAGUGGCAUUGUGCAGAAAAAAUUAGUCAAAUAUCAUAUGGAGGAUAGAAAAGUAUAAUGAUCAGAAGAUACAUAAAUUUACAAGAAUGAGAGGAAACAACAAUGUAAAUGUGUAAAUAGUCUGUUUCUCCCCCUUUUUCUGAUCAAUGAAAUACACAAUUUGCCAAAAU